AUGCUGCGUUCGGCGCCGCUGGUGCGUCGCGCACGGAUGUAUGCGCGGACGUUUGCGAGUGUGCCACGCGCGCCGUACGAUGUCUUGUUUUGCGGCACGGACGCCUUUGCGCGCACUGCGCUCGAGCAUAUCCUCGCGCGGAAAGAGCUCACGCGGUCCGUGCAGGUGCUGACGCCGCCGGACGUGGCACACAAGUGGGGCGGCCGCCGCAUGCGCGUCGCGCCGGUCAAGGAGCUCGCGGCAGACGCUAGCCUUCCUAUCCUGCAUGUGCCGCAAGGCGGCAUGGACGAGUUUGCGUUGCCCGAGGCACUGCAGUCCUCAGACGCGCCGAUGCUCAUUACCGUCUCGUUUGGGCACCGUAUUCCCACGUCGCUCCUGGGCCGGUUUUCCUCGCCGUCGCUCACGUUGAACCUCCAUCCGUCGCUUCUGCCGGAGCUGCGUGGCGCAGCACCGAUCCAGUGGGCACUCGCACGCGAAUAUACCACGACCGGCGUCUCGGUGCAGCAGCUGCACGCCGAGCGCUUUGAUGUAGGCAAGCUGCUUGCACAGGAGCCAGUCUCUAUUCCAAACGACAGCACUUACGCGUCGCUAGCCCCGAUCCUGGCCGACGCGGGCGCCGCGCUCUUGGUGGAUACCAUGGCCCACUUGCCAGAGCGCAGUGCAGACGCAAAAGUGCAGGACGAUGCGUGUGCGACGCGCGCGCCCAAGCUCCAGGCCAAGUACGGCGUCGUGCAUUGGGCCAAGUGGGAUGCACAGCGCAUUGGUGCGCGGAUACGGGGUUUCGGUCACCAGAUUCCCAUCACAACGACACUCGUGCCGAGCCGCGGCACGUUCCCGCAGGUCGCCUGCACGCUGCGCGACGCAAGGCCGCUAUCGAGCGUAUCGUCCGAGCCCCUUGCGUUGCUCGACGCACAAGCCCAAGCCAAACUCUUUGGCGCAGGCGCCGCGCCUGGCACGGCGGUCUAUUCGGAGACCUUGCAAGCGCUCGUGGUGCGGUGCGCGACGCCGGAGAAUGUACUGCUUGUCUAUGCGCUACAGACGCAGGGCAAGCCGGUGCGCAAGGCGCCCGACUGGUGGCUCGGUUUCCACGACCGCAGCGACGAGCAGCAUCGUCUUCAUUUCCGGUAG